UCAGACAGAAAUGAGACUGACUGUUACAGCCUGCUCUAGUGCUGCACUUUCUUGCUUCUAACUUGUAAACAAGACUAGCUGGAUCAUGCAAGUGGAAAGCCACAUAGUUCUACCUCGGUAAAGGAUCCUUGGGAACCCAUGCAUUGCUGUGGAAACUGGAUGGAUAGAUUUGGGAAAGCAUGGACUUUUUAGCCCAUUUAGUGCUCUAUGGUUUCAGCCUCAUGAUUUCAGGCAAAGUGGACGCGGCGAUGGACCUGAUCCUGAUUAAUUCCUUGCCUCUAGUGGCUGAUGCUGAGACAUCGCUCACCUGUAUAGCCACAGGCUGGCAUGGCCACGAGACCUUGACCAUAGGAAGAGACUUUGAAGCACUGAUGAACCAGCAUCAGGAGCCUCUGGAAGUUACUCAAGAUGAAGGAAGAGAAUGGGCUAAAAAAGUUGUGUGGAAGCGGGAAAAGGCCAGUAAAAUCAACGGAGCUUAUUACUGUGAAGGGAAAGUUCGUGGGGAGUCAAUAAAGAUACGCACAAUGAAGAUGCGAUUACAAGCUUCCUUUCGCCCAGCCAGUUUAACUAUGACAGUGAAUAAGGGAGAAAACGUGACUAUUUUCUUCAAACUGUUGUUAAAAAAGGAAGAAGAUGCGGUGAUUUACCAAAAUGGCUCUUUCAUUCAUUUAGUGCCCAGGCAUGAAGUGGUUGAUACAUUAGCGGUGAACGUAUCCCAAGCCCAGCUCCAGGACUCAGGUGUUUACUCUGCCAGGUACAUAGGAGGCAAUCUCUUCACCUCAGCCUUCACCAGGCUCAUCGUCCGAAGGUGUGAAGCCCACAAGUGGGGACCUGAAUGCAACUCUCACUGUACCUCUUGUGUGAAUAAUGGCAUCUGUCAUGAAGAUACUGGAGAAUGCAUUUGCCCUCCUGGAUUCAUGGGGAAAACAUGUGAGAAGGCUUGUGGAUACAACACAUUUGGCAGAACCUGCAGAGAAAAGUGCAACGGAUCAGAGGGGUGCAAAUCUUACAUGUUCUGUCUCCCAGACCCUUAUGGCUGUUCCUGUGCUACAGGUUGGAAAGGACUGCAGUGCGAUGAAGCCUGCCAACAUGGUUUUUAUGGGCCAGACUGUAAACUAAAGUGUGAGUGCACCCGUGGAGAAACAUGUGAUCGGUUUAAAGGAUGCCUCUGCUCUCCUGAUAGACAUGGUCUACAAUGUGAGAAAGAAGGUGCUGCAAGUGUGACUCCCCAGAUAGAGGAUUUACCUGACUACAUAGAAGUGAAUUCUGGCAAAUUCUGCAAAUCCUGCAAAGCCUCUGGCAAGCCACUGCCUAAAGCUGGAGAAAUGACUCUAGUGAAAUCAGAUGGGACUGUCCUCCAUCAUAAUUCUUUCUCAACAAACAACCACUCCGAGGCAGUAUUUUGUGUCGAACAGAUUCUUCCACCUGACUCAGGCGUCUGGGUCUGUAGUGUAAACACAGUGGCUGGAAUGGUGGAAAAGCCUUUCAGUGUUUCUGUGAAAGUUCCUCCAGAGCCUCUGAAUGCCCCAAAGGUGGUGGACAGCGGACAUAAUUUUCUCACCAUAAACAUCAGUUCUGAGCCUUAUAGAGGGGAUGGACCAAUUGAAUCCAGAAAGCUCCUGUACAAAUCUGCUAAAGAAUAUGAGACUUGGAAGUAUAUGCAAGUGACAGGAGAAAUAGUCACAUUAAAACACUUGGAACCCAGAACAGAAUAUAAGCUCUGUGUGCAACUAAGCCGCCGAGGAGAGGGUGGGGAAGGGCACCCUGGACCUGUGAGAAAUUUCACGACAGCAUCCAUUGGCCUUCCUCCACCAAGAGGUUUAAGCCUCCUUCCUAAAAGUCAAACUUCUCUGAAUUUGACAUGGCAGCCUAUAUUCCCCAGCUCAGAUGAUGACUUUUAUGUUGAAAUUGAAGGGAGAUGUUUGAAUGACAAUACCGAACAAAAGAACACGAUCACCCGUAAAGUGCCAGGAAACAAGUCCUGGGAGCUUCUUGAUAAUUUACUUCCCCGGCAGAAGUAUGUGUUCAGAGCACGCGUGAAUACCAAGUCCCAAGGAGAAUGGAGUGACUAUCUGGUUGCCUGGACUCUUAGCGACAAAUUUCCUCCUCAACCUGAAAAUAUCAAGAUUUCCAAUGUCACCGACUCCUCUGCUCUCAUCUCUUGGUCAACAGUUGAUGGUCAUUCCAUUUCCUCAAUAAUCAUCCGUUACAAGAUUCUAGGCAGAGCCGAGGACAACCACAUUGAUGUUAAAAUUAAAAACGCCACCAUUACUCAGUAUCAACUCAAGGGACUCGAGCCAAAUACCAUUUAUUGUGUGGAAAUAUUUGCGGAGAAUAAUAUUGGUUCAAGCAUUGCUAAACCAUCUCAUGAACUGAAGACCCUCCCAGAAUUACCAGCCCCGAUGGACCCAGGAGGAGGGAAGAUGCUGCUCAUUGCCAUCCUCGGCUCCGCGGGCAUGACCUGUUUGACAGUGCUGUUGGCCUUUCUGAUCAUGUUGCAGUUGAAGAAAGCAAACUUCCAGCGCAGGAUGGCCCAAGCCUUUCAAAACAGGGAAGAGCCUGCUGUGCAGUUUAACUCAGGCACUCUGGCCCUGAGCAGGAAAGCUAAAAACAACCCAGACCCCACAAUCUACCCAGUCCUCGAGUGGAAUGACAUCAAGUUUCAAGACGUGAUUGGGGAGGGGAACUUUGGGCAAGUCCUUAAGGCACGUAUUAAGAAGGAUGGGUUGCGGAUGGAUGCUGCCAUUAAGAGGAUGAAAGAAUAUGCCUCCAAGGAUGAUCACCGGGACUUUGCUGGAGAGCUGGAAGUUCUUUGUAAACUUGGACACCAUUCAAAUAUCAUCAAUCUAUUGGGAGCAUGUGAACAUCGGGGUUACCUCUAUCUUGCUAUUGAAUAUGCCCCUCAUGGAAACUUACUUGACUUUCUGAGGAAGAGCAGAGUACUAGAGACAGACCCAGCAUUUGCCAUUGCCAACAGCACCGCCUCCACACUGUCCUCUCAGCAGCUUCUGCACUUUGCAGCAGAUGUGGCCAGGGGGAUGGACUACUUGAGCCAAAAACAGUUUAUCCACAGGGACUUGGCUGCCAGAAAUAUUUUGGUUGGAGAAAACUAUGUGGCCAAAAUAGCAGACUUUGGAUUGUCCAGAGGUCAAGAAGUGUAUGUUAAAAAAACAAUGGGAAGGCUUCCAGUGCGAUGGAUGGCAAUUGAAUCCCUCAAUUACAGUGUGUAUACCACUAACAGUGAUGUAUGGUCCUAUGGUGUGUUAUUAUGGGAGAUCGUUAGCUUAGGUGGCACACCAUACUGUGGAAUGACAUGUGCUGAACUCUAUGAGAAACUGCCACAGGGAUACAGACUGGAAAAGCCUCUCAACUGCGAUGAUGAGGUGUACGAUCUAAUGAGACAAUGUUGGCGUGAGAAGCCUUAUGAAAGACCAUCGUUUGCUCAGAUUUUGGUAUCCCUGAACAGGAUGUUAGAAGAACGAAAGACCUAUGUGAAUACGACCCUUUAUGAGAAGUUUACCUAUGCCGGCAUUGACUGCUCUGCUGAAGAAGCUGCUUGAGAGAGGAACAUCUUCACUGGUUUGUUACCUGUUCAAGUGACAAACUGAAAACUAAAACCAGCUUCUGGAGCACGGAAUUUGUUAUAUUAUGUAGAAUUGUGUAUAGCUCUGUAUGUAUGAAACUGUUUUUACUACAAACACCUCUGUGUCUCUCUGUGUAGGAAGCUUGGACUCACUCUAGGACUGUACAUACUGUAAUGGACAAGAUUGUGCUACAAUCAGAAAUUCUGAUAUGUACUUUCACGUACAAUAAUAUAUUUUUCUAGAAACAUGAGACCCUUUGGGAGGGCCUAGGGGAACACAUUCAUUGUAAUGCAUUAUCAUUACUGCCUUAGAUACCUUUGCAAUUUUUCUAAAGUGGUAUCAACACAAGUAUUUCGUAGUAACACAGGUAUAAAAUAAAAUGGGAGUUCACACACAACGAUCUCAAAGCUACUGCUGAAAGGAAAUCAAAUUCUUCACAUGCAGGAGGACACUAAUUUUUUCAGGCAGCAGUGUAUCAUAUGGUGGAAGGGGUGUCAAUCUCAAAUUUCAAAACAAAUGGUAAUUUCAAUAAUCCUCCCCAGAUCAGAUUGUUUGCCAUCACUAAUUUUCUGCAAUCAAAAAGGCCAUUUACUAACUAGGCCUAACAGACUUGAAAGAGUCCUUGCAGUUUUCCCAAAGACAAAGCAGCAUACCCUUUUCUCACUCACGGAGCAGGCUGGUCAUAAUUCAUGUUCAUGUGACAUAAUUUAGUAAUGUGACUUCAGGGAACAUAGAUCAAUCCAGAAGAAUUACACUUCCUAAAUAAACCAACUACAGAUCUAGGUUAAAAGUCAGGACAGGGGAUGAGCUUUAAAACUUACCGUAGUUGAACUUAAAACAUGUCAAAGACAGGUAGGUUUUCUAGAAGUUUUGUAUUAAUAAAUUCCUGUGCUUAAUGGAUAAUUUCUCUGGUAUAAUUGAUGUAUUAAAAUAGUGUUUAACUUGAAGAAAACAUAUAGUAGCAUGCCUGGAAUUAUAGGAAGCCACAUGGCAUUUAUCAUGCAGGAUGGACACUCACAAAUAUAUUACAUUUUGUAAAAACGACUUUUAGUUUAGAUGCAAUGCAUGUUUUUCAUUUUGUAAUGGACUUGCAUGUUGCCCUGAAUGAGAGCAUCAUCUAAUGAUAAAUAAAUACAUCU